AUUGAAGACUAUGGAAGACCAGAUUUGCCACUUCCUGGUCUUGCCCUGCUUUUAUCAAUUCCUGUGGAAUAAAAACACAUUGCUCUGAAAUGUAUUUCCUUGGCAACUGUUUAAAAUAAUCUGACUUUCUGCUACUUGUAAAGACACACUUUCCAAGAAAAACUUGAUUUGUAAUAGUUUCUAAGCACUGACUUCUAACCCGGACUGGGGCAACCUUCACACCCUACCCUCAAGCCACACGGUGGAUCUCCUGGGAAGCUGCCUGGACUAUUUCACAUUAUGAUAAGGAGAGGUAGAAGAAGCUAAUUAUAUGUGUCACUUCUAGAAAUAGGCACAAGAAUAUAAAGCGUCCUUCUUAUCGUUGAGGUUACUGACUUCAACCAGGGUUUCUGCGGAACUUACGUGAAAAGUGAAUGCCUGACUACAGACCCAUAAGCCUCUUGCUCUGUUCAGCAGUGAAUUCAGUUGCGUAAAUAGUCAUUGACAUCUGAGUGUCAGACACUAGGGCUGGGGAUGAAGUGGUUAAAAGUGACAGACCUUCCCGCCUCCGCUCUGUCGCCGCUAACAGCGUUCGCGUCCUCCCAGCUCUGCCUUUGCCUCGACUGCUUUGCGGGCUUGUGCGGCGUCCUCCUAGGUCUGCGGGUUGUGCUUCUGGUGCGAAGGUCGGGGACAAGAUGGUGCAGGUGUCUCCGCUCAUCAAGCUCGGCCGCUACUCCUUCUUGUUCCUCGGUAUGGCCUACGGAGCCACGCGCUACAGUUGCCUAAAACCUCGGGCAGAAGAGGACCGGAGGAUAGCGGCGGAGGAGAAGAAGCAGCAGGAUGAACUAAAACGGAUUGCCAAAGAAUUGGCAGAAGCCCAAGACGACACCGUAGUAAAGUGAGUGACCUUCCCAGCCUCUCUUUGGAGCAGCAGCGGAUGAGUAAACCUUCCUGUGUUGU